CCUGGAUUUGUCCUGAGGUCUGAUGAUUCAUCGAAGAUUGGGCGUCGAGGACUUUCAACUAAGUGUAUGAAGACAAAUGCUAAAAACACCUAUUUUUUUCUACUCAAGUAACGGACAUUUGAUUUCUAUUUUUGCCUCCAUUUUGCUCCAGAAGGAAAAGCCAGCCUUUAGCUAUCACAAACCCGCCCAUAAAAAGCAAUUUCAACUAUAAAAGUCUUGUUAUACGAAAAACAUGACAGUUUACUCUAUUAAACUGUUGUAACAAGAGCUUUGUCGCUGUAAAGCACAUUAUACGUUACCCGAGACGCAGAGGAGAGGUAUAGUACCCGCAGUGAUGGCGGUGGGACCAGUGGACCCGCGAGAGGUUCUGAAGGGAGUGGAGAACCUGCUGGGGAAAGAUGGAGAGCUACGCAGCCUGGAGGGCGUGGCCAGGGUGUUCAGUCUGAUGAAGGCCUCGCAUAAGAUGGUCAGCAGGUGCAUGUACCUGAACAUCCUCCUACACACCAGGUCACAUGACAUCCUCAACAGGUUUAUCAGGGUGGGAGGCUACAAGCUGCUCAACGCCUGGCUGACCUACUCCAAAACUACCACUAAUACCCCCCUGCUGCAGCUCAUCCUGCUGACGCUGCAGAAACUGCCCCUGACGGUGGACCACCUCAAACAGAACAACACAGCCAAGUUGGUGAAACAGUUGAGCAAGAGUGGAGAAACUGAAGAACUGAGGAAGUUGGCCUCAGUACUGGUGGACGGAUGGAUGGCCAUCAUUCGCUCUCAGAGUGUCUCUUCAUCCAGCGGCACCUCUCUCGGAGACAAGAAGAAAAAGAAAGAGGAGAGCAAGAAGGAGGAGGGCAAGCCGAAAGCUGAGGCGAAGGCCGGAGAGGGAGGGAAGGUGGCAGAGGAGGAGAAGAAGAGGGACAAGCCGAAAGCCCACGCCCCCAGCCACGCCAAGAUCCGCUCCACAGGGUUAGAGGUGGAGACUCCAACCCCAGUCCCUGCCAAGAAACCCCCAUCCACCCCACAGCUCGGCGACAAGUACAACAUCAAACCUCCUGUUCUCAAGAGACCCAGUACUACCCCAUCAGACACCCCUCCAGUGGAGAAGAAAUACAAACCACUCAACACGACACCCAACUCCACCAAAGAGAUCAAAGUCAAGAUCAUCCCAGCACAGCCUAUGGAGUGCACCGGCUUCCUGGACGCACUCAACUCUGCCCCAGUUCCAGGGAUCAAGAUCAAGAAGAAGAAGAAGCCUGCCUCUCCCACAUCGACCAAGCCCUGCCCGUUUGAGAGCAAGUCCCAGGUGUACCCCCCCGGUCAGGCCAAACCCUCGUCCCCCGAGGGCCCCGCCUCCCACACCCCGCCCCACGAGGCGACGGAUGUGGAGCAGCCUGGCACACCCGUGCCCAGCGAGGACCAGGAGGCCAUGGACACAAGUGAGAAGCCCAAUGCCCUGUCAGAACCGCGAGGAGAGGAGGAGAGUCUCACUAAGAAAGGGAAGAAGAAGAAGAGUGUUCGUUGGGCAGAGGAGGAGCAGCUGAAGGAGUAUUUCUACUUCGACCUGGACGAGACCGAGAGAGUGAAUGUGAAUAAGAUUAAAGAUUUCGGAGAGGCGGCGAGGCGGGAGCUGAUGAUGGACAGGCAGACGUUUGAGAUGGCGCGUCGCCUGUCCCACGACACCAUGGAGGAGAGGGUUCCCUGGACCCCGCCCCGGCCCAUCUCCCUGUCCGGCAGCCUGGUCACGCCAGGGGCCAACAGCACCGAGAGGCUGACCCAGAGAGACAGAGAGAUGGGCAUUCUGCAGGAGAUCUUCCUCAGCAAGGAGAGUGUGCCAGACUGCCCCCAUGAGCCAGACCCUGAGCCGUACGAGCCCACACCCCCCAAACUCAUCCCAUUGGACGAGGACUCGAGCACCCUGGACGAGAGCUACCUCGAGCCCAUGGACACCUCUGCCCCUGUCUCUGCCCCCGCCGGCCCACCAGAGGCAUCCAAACUGCCCCCCGUCCUGGCAAACCUCAUGGGCAGCCUAGGGGGCACCAACAGGAGUCCCCAGACCCAGCCUGCCCCGGGCAACAACAGCGCCCCCUCUGUCAACGUGCAGGAACUGCUCACCUCCAUCAUGGGUGCUCAGAGCAACCAGUCUGCCGAGGACCUGAUCAAGCAGCCUGAUUUCUCCCACAAGAUCAAGCAGCUGCUGGGGUCUCUACAGCAGCCCCAGCCCCAGGCCCAGCCCGCCGCGCCCCCGCCAGUGAACACAGGGCUGCUCGGACACGCCCCCCCGAUGGCCAUGAACAUGCCCAUGAAUGGCGGGUACCCCCCCAACAAGCCCCCCAGCACCCCCCAGUACUCGCACCCGCCCCCGCCCCACAACCAUGCCCCCCCUUACACCACCGGAGGUGGUCCCAGGAUGAUGGGUCCGCCCAGGGGUGGAGACGGAGGGGGCUACUGGAACGAGGAGCCAAUGAGAGGAGGCGGCCACCACCGAGGGGGCGGGCACUUCCACCGAGGCCGGGGGGGCCGGGGAGGGGACCCCGGCUACAGAGGGCGGGGCGGAAGGGGUGGAGGCGGAGGCCCCCGAGGAGGAGGCGGUGGCCCCAACAACUCACACAUGGGAGACAUGUCAAACCGCCCCGUGUGUCGGCACUUCAUGAUGAAGGGAAGCUGCCGAUAUGAGAAUAACUGCGCCUUUUACCACCCGGGGGUCAACGGGCCGCCCCUGCCCUAACCCUGUCCCGGCCCUGGCCCCGGCCCCACACACCCGCUCCCUGCCAGCAGAGGGCAGACUGACUGUGCAGACAUGCUCUCACCACUACAACAGAAGCAGAGCAGGAGAUGGACUCCCAGCAUGCUCUGCUUUCAUACGCUCUGCAUUGUGACGGGACCCUGAAGGAGGGUGGAGUCUGGCACCGGCCUCUAAACCAAUCAGCUUGGACUAUUUCAGGACUUCUUGGAAAAAAGGACAUAAGAAAUGGUCUAAAAGCAAAACAAAGUGGAGGAAAGUGCCGGACUCCUUUUCUCUUUAACAGUUCUAGUUUCAUGUCCACCUCUGUCUUUCUUUUCACUCCCCCGCUUCUUUCUCUUCCUCCCUUCCUGGGGCUCUUGGCUCAACACCCACCUUAUUUGCUCAACUCAAAAUAUUGACACAUAUAGAUAUAUUUUUAUUGUGUUCAUUUUUACCACAGUGAUUUAUGGUUCUCUGAUAAUUGCACAAACCCUCAGUGACCCUUAUUUGUCAACCCUGAACAGUAGGGUGCCCCCUAGCAUCCAAACACCCGAACGGGAUAUAGGUUUGACUUUUGUAAACAGAAAUAUAGCUCUGCCCUGCCUUUAACAAGCGUCAGACGUAACUCGCGCAAACACAAAAACUCAAGAAUGUUGCUGAAAAGUGAGAGACUGAAGUAUUAAUGGUAAAUAUGCUUUAGGAACAAAAUACUACUGUCUUUGGAAAGCCAAAACAAGUCCGGGACCUGGAGGAAGUGGAGCCAGUCCAGAUAGCCCCCUCAGGAAGCCCUCCCUCUGCUUGCGGCUCUGAGACGUUAGCUGUGGUAGUCUGACUCUCCUGAACCUGCUAAUGGAGAGCAGGAAAUGCCAGAGGCGUGGAAGGAGCCAGACGUUGCCUUCGCCAGGUUAUGUCUGACUAAAUAACUGCUUUCAGUGCUGAUUGGCUAAAUGGACCAUCUCACCAAGAAAAAAAACAGUUUAGUGGGCAAUGCAUUGAAGGAUAAACAGUUAGUAAAAUUUGAAUGAGAUUCACCAGCCCAUAUCUUAAAUGUUGUGAUCUGUAGUCCUUUGUGCAAGAGCAGGGAUGCCCAGCUUGUAUCCCAGAGAGGGGCUUUGCUUUCACCUGUUCAUUUCAGAUCCUUUUCUGGACGUGGUUGAAUUUUUUGGGGGGCUACGUGUCCUAUAUCAGCUCUGCACGUCACCUUGGCUUAAGAAGCACCUGGGGUUGCCACCUGAUGCAAUAAUUUCAGGAUUUUCCCGAUCGGUGCCUCAGAAUGGCACCCAGGGGAAACGUUAAUUUACCUAGUGAACACUUUUUGGUUUCAUGUAAGACCAGUUAUAAUAAAUGUUUGGUCUGUGGGGUCACUUUACCUGGGGUUAAUACCACUAGGCAGCCUUGAAUCUUUAACUCUUGGUGCCCUGCAGCUAAUGGCUGUGUUUCCUGCAAUGGCCUUAGCACAGGAGACAUGGCAUUGAGGUAUAAGCUACUCAGUGAAUAUCCUCAGUGGAAACCUAUGAACACUGAACGUUGUUAAAUUUCGUACAUGUUUUGUAUUGAGCUGGUCUGAU